AUGGGCGAUGGCAUGGGGCUGCCCACCAUGUCAGCAGCUCGGAUCUACAAGGGGCAGCUGGCCGGCAGCUCGGGAGAGGAAAGUGUCUUGGCCAUGGAGACCUUUCCCCACGUGGCCCUGGCCAAGACCUACACCAUCGACCGGCAGGUGCCCGACAGCGCUGGCACAGGCACAGCCUACCUCUGUGGGGUGAAGACCAAUGCCAAGACACUGGGGCUGAGCGGGGCGGCCGUUUACAGCAAGUGCCGCACCGCCUUUGGCAACGAGGUGGACUCCGUCCUGCACCGGGCCAGGCUGGCAGGCAAGUCAGUGGGCAUUGUGACCACCACGCGCGUGCAGCACGCGUCCCCCGGUGCGGCCUAUGCCCACUCGGCCAGCCGGAGCUGGUAUGCCGAUGCCAACAUGCCCAAGGAGGCCUUGCGGGAGGGCUGCAAGGACAUCGCCUACCAGCUGGUACACAACACGGACAUCAACGUGAUCCUGGGCGGCGGGCGGAUGUACAUGACCCCCAAGCGGACCCCAGACCCUGAGUACCCGGAGGACUCGGCUCAGAAUGGCACCAGGAAGGACGGCCUUGACUUGAUUGCCCAAUGGCUGAGCGCCAAGCAGGGCGCCCGCUAUGUCUGGGACAAGAAGGGCUUGGACGCAGUUGAGGAUGACUCCGUGAGCCACCUGAUGGGGCUGGCCCCUAAGAAAGCCAAGGACAAACGAGCCUACACCAGCAUCCUCUAUGGCAAUGGUCCGGGCUACAGCAUCCGUGACGGGGGCCGCCCGGCCGCCAGCCUCCCUGCUGUGGAGGACAAGGACUACAAGCAGCAGUCAGCUGUGCCCCUGGAGACAGAGACCCACAGCGGGGAGGAUGUGGUGGUGCUGGCCCAGGGCCCCAUGGCCCACCUCUUCCAUGGGGUGCAGGAGCAACACUAUAUUGCUCACGCCAUGGCCUACGCCGCCUGCCUCGAGCCCUAUGCCACCGAGCCCGGGUGCAGAGCAGCCCGCAGGGCCUCCCGUGGCACCCAGUGCUCCACACAGCCCCUGCUGACCCUCCUGGCCCUCUGCAUGGCUGCCCGUCCAAUGCUCAGCACUGCCUGUGGCACCCUGGGCCAGUGCAACCCCCACCUGGCACCACAGCACGCCAAGGUCCGUCCAUCCCCCAGCAGCAAUAAGAUGGUGUGCCAAGGAGCAGAGGAAGAGGAUCCGUCCUUCUGGAACAAGCAGGCAGCUGCAGCCAUCAAGGCUUCCUUGAAUAUUCAGCCCAGGAUAAGACAAGCCAAAAACCUCAUCCUCUUCCUAGGGGAUGGUUUUGGGAUCCCCACCAUCACAGCCACCCGCAUCCUAAAGGGGCAGCAGCAGGGGAAGCUGGGCCCUGAGACCCCCCUCGCCCUGGAUGCAUUCCCCUACGUGGCUCUCUCCAAGCGCCGCGCCCUCCCCCUCCAGUCGAGCACCACGGCGGGCAACGAGGUGAUCUCCGUGCUGGAGCGAGCCCACAAAGCCGGAAAGGCGGUGGGCAUCGUGACGACGACGCGGGUGCAGCACGCGUCGCCCUCGGGGACCUACGCCCACGUGGUGAACCGCAACUGGUACGCGGAUGCCAGCAUGCCCGCGGACGCUCGCAGACAGGGCUGCAAAGACAUCUCCUGGCAGCUGGUCCACAACGUCAAGAUCAAUGUGAUCCUGGGGGGUGGUCGGAAAUACAUGACCCCCGUGGGGACGCUGGACCCUGAGUACCCUACCCAUCAAUCGGAGGCCGGGAUACGUGAGGACGGGAAUGACCUCAUCAAGAUGUGGCUGGAGUCACGGAAGGGUGCCCGCUACGUGUGGAACAGGACAGAGAUGCUGGCCGCUGCCGCCGACCCCAGCGUGGAUUAUUUGAUGGGUCUCUUUGAACCCGCGGACAUGAAGUACAACCUGCUGCGUAACACCACCCUGGACCCGUCGCUGACCGAGAUGAUGGAGGCAGCCAUCACCAUCCUGAGCAGGAACCCCAAUGGCUUCUAUCUCUUUGUGGAAGGUGGCAGGAUUGACCACGGGCACCAUGACGGCCAAGCCCACAAGGCACUGACAGAGGCGGUGGAGUUUGACCAGGCCAUCGAGAAGGCGGGCACCUUGACAGAUGAGGAGCAGACCCUCACGGUCGUCACCGCUGACCACUCGCACGUCUUCUCCUUCGGUGGCUACACCCUGCGUGGCUCCUCCAUCUUAGGGCACCCUGGUCUGGCCCCCAGCAAAGCCUCUGACAAGAAGAACUACACGUCCAUCCUCUACGGGAAUGGGCCGGGCUUUCAGGCCAACAGCCGGCCUGACGUGAAUGACACCACAGCCAAGCAGUAUGACUACAUGCAGCAGGCAGCUGUGCCGCUCAGCUCGGAGACCC